CUUCAGUGCAAAGGUCAGAGUGUUGGUGAGAGAUAGAGCUAAAGUAGAGCUAAACUCACACAGUGCACAGAUCAGAGAGGACAACAUGGAGCAAACGCUGAUGUUUCCCGUGCUGAUUGGACUCGUAGCAGUGUUAGCCACAGUCCUUUUCUUCUUCCUGAAUGCAGGAAACUCUGAAGGGAGAAAAAAAAUGAGCAAGCUCCCCAAAACUCUGCAGGAUCCCAGUGUUAAAUAUCCGCUGCCCCUCAUAGAGAAGGAGGACAUUUCACACGACACGAAGAGAUUCCGCUUCGGUCUUCCCUCUCCUCUUCAUGUGCUCGGCCUUCCAGUUGGUCAGCACGUGUACCUGUCUGCUAAAGUCAAUGGGAACCUGGUGAUCCGAGCUUACACUCCCGUCUCCAGUGACGAGGACCAAGGACACGUCGAUCUAGUCAUAAAGGUAUAUUACAAAAACACACACCCAAACUACCCUGAUGGGGGCAAAAUGUCUCAGUACCUGAAUGAUAUGAAGAUCGGAGACACCAUCGACUUCCGAGGGCCAAACGGCCUGCUGGUGUACAACGGCAACGGUCAGUUUGCUAUAAAGCCUGAUAAGAAGUCUGAUGCCAAGCUGCGGAAGUUUAAACAUGUGGGAAUGAUCGCUGGUGGUACAGGCAUCACUCCAAUGCUGCAGCUUAUCCGCAGUAUCACAGCAGAUCCUGCAGAUGAUACCAAGUGCUCCCUUAUUUUUGCCAACCAGACUGAGAAGGACAUUUUGUUAAGGAAGGAACUGGAAGAAGUCGUGAAGAGUCACCCUGAUAAACUCCACGUAUGGUACACACUAGACCGACCUCCACAAGGUUGGGAGUACAGCACAGGAUUUGUGGACACUUCAAUGAUGAAAGCGCACCUUCCUCCUCCAGCCAAUGACGUGCUGAUCGUGAUGUGUGGCCCGCCCCCGAUGAUCCAGAACGCAUGCCUGCCAAACCUCACCAAACUCGGCUACGACCCACAAAACACUUUCACAUACUGACACCAUCAGAUACAUUUGUAAAAUAAAUAUUAAAUAUAUAAA